AUGGAAUUUCUGGAUGCGCUCUGCCAGGCUGAGAGCCGGGACUUGAACCUGGGGCUCCCAGGAGCUACAGAAACGGGGCACAUGAUGAUGAUAAAAUACCGCAUAUCAAAAAGAAAAAUGGGAUUGAGAGUCAUUUUUCUUUGUCUCUGGUGGCAUAGAGCUGUGUCUACUAACUUACUGAAAUGAAAUCUCCUGAUACCCAAAGAUGACGACUCCUCCAGUGGAAGUGACUCAGGUUGUCUUGAAAUCUGUGAAAAUGAGAAAAAAGCAACCAUCCAGCUGGAUGUGAAUGUCAUGGAGGAACAAGCAGAGAGGAUAACUGGGGAAAACACGGUUGUGAGAGCAAGACAAACCAGGAGACACUUGUCGGUGACAUCUCUGACAGCUGAACUCCAAACGAAAACAGGAUUGGACUUUAACAGCACCAGAUCCAGCCCAUCUCAACUCACUUCCUCUCUCUUCUCCAAAAAGGACAGUUACUACCAUCUAAAACUGCCAAACGAAGUUCCUUGUUUGUCAAAAAAGAGGGGAAACUUUCUAGGCCUCAAAAAGAAGAAAAAGAAUGAGCGGAAGCUGCAGUAUCAUUCAGGUGUUACAGCUGGAAAGCUUCAAAUGCAGGUGGAUGAUCGCUUAGAAAAAGUAACUGAAAAGUCCAUAGAUUUACUGGCCCAGAAACAUGCAGAACUCCAGCAGUGUGAGUUUCUGGGAGAGGAGAUACUUCAAUCAUCUAAGCAUUUUCAAUCGGCUUCUAAAAGAAUGAAGACAUAUAAACUAAAACAUAUGCAUUUCCCAUGCACAUGCUGUUGCUUAGACCCUUUUUAA